GCAAUCGUCUGGUCAUGUUGAGCGAGAGCGUGAUGAAAUGUUCAGCCGCACGUCAUCUCAUCAAUCCGAGGGUUUUACUCAGGGACACGGGCGAAAUGGAGAGAGGGACAAUUACCAUCCGCUCGCACCACAGCCACCCGCACCACUCUACCAGGACACCUACGAUGAUCGUGAUAGAGACAGGGGUUCGGUGAACAUACUCGAGAAGCAGCCCCCGCCCCCACCACCGCCACACAUGAUGCCCAUGCCUGUGCGCAGAGGAGAAUCGGUGAGUGCGAGAUCGCCCCAGCUGACAGCACGGUCUCCAAAACCGCCUGCAAAUGGCCUAUCCGCAGCUCCCUCAUACGGCGAUGUGGAUGUGCGGUCUGCGGUGCUCUCGAGUGUCCGUGAGGCUUAUAGUGGGCGCUCGGCCCACUCGCGCAGUCCCAGUCCCAGUCCCCAACCACUGCCGCCACCGCUGUCACGCCCACUGGGUUCGGGUUACGGCUAUCCGCCUCGGACAUACGCCAGGAACGACUCAAGAGGGCCAACACCACCCAACCUGCCGACAUAUAGUGACCAUCCAUCGCAGCACUACCCAAUUAAGGAGGAGCGCUGGCGAGGACGUGAACCAGUCGAACUAGAACGUCAGAGCAGAGACUUGGUGGCUCAAUAUCGCGACAGCCGCGCCUCGCCUCCCCCAGUACCAGCCCCACGGUCAUUGUCUCGUGGGGCGCAGUCUCCAAAAAGCGGCUUCCGACGAGCCGCGGACAGAUACGACGACGGUGGCCACGACAACCGAUAUCAGGACAAUUCCGCACCAGAUUUGCGGUCCCGGGGCGGAUCUCUUUGGUUGGGCAAUGAUAGCAGAUCACCCGAUCCUUCUGCUAUAGAGCGACAGCGCGAGAUGGUUGAGCGGCCCUAUCGGUCUCAGGAGUACCCUUACGCACCACUCCCUCAGUUUAAGGCCAUGUGGGAGAAAGGAGGUGCAUUUGACUGGAACGGCCCCAACUCCUUUGAUUCCAAACCAAAACUAAAUGCUGGUGGUACCCAUGGCAACGACCUUCCCAGCAGUAAACGCGGAGGCGGAGGCAGAGACUAUUCUCGCUCCCCAUCGCCACCCCCGCCACUCGGCUCAGCGUCACCGUCCACUGCCCAGUCAAUGCAGGCCCAUCUAAUGCGCGACCGUUACGAUGACUACAAGCAGACCCGGUACCGCGACGAUCGAGGCCGAGGCCGCGAUAGAGACGCUGACGACCGCAGCAGAGACCGCGACAGAGAUAGAGAUAGAGAUAGGGAUAGGGACCGUAUGCGCGACAAGGAUAUGGACAGGGCCAUGCACGGGGACGCUGGGAGACCCCCUCUGCCACCCAUGCAAGGCGAGCGAGACUACGACUGGCGAGAUGCUGGCCCCGAGGAGGCAUCAUACUCGCGCUCGCAACAACAUCUCCCUCAGGAUUACAUGCCACCACCUCCCCGGCCUCUAAGCCAGAAUCGAGGAUUUGAACCACCGCGCCCGCUCUCGCCAGUGGUGCCGCUACAGACUCAGAUCAAAGCACCAGCACCCCCCCCGCAACAGUCUCAGCCCCAGACACUAGCGACUACGGGUGAUGCAAUCGCACGCGUAAGCAGGCCUCCUCGGGAACGCUCUCCAAUGCCUAUUCGUGGGUAUGAACGAGGCCGAGAUAGAGAUAGAGAUAGGGACAGGGACCGUAAUAGGGACAGGGAUCGAGACAGAGACAGAGACUAUGGUGUGCGUGGCGAGUACGCCCGGGGAGUGCAGUUGCACGCGCCGCCGUUGUAUACAGACGCGGGCCAGUACAGAGACCGCGAUGCAGACAGAGACCGAGACAGACUGGCCGAUGCGCGAGACCACGGAUACCCCAUGCACCCCCAGCAACACACGUAUGAACAGGACAUGGACCGUAUGGACAGACACCGUCCGGACAAAGUCCCCAGAGACACCCACCGCCGCCGUGAUAGAAGCCGUGACAGAGAUAGAGACAGAGAAAGGGACCGUGACUUAGACCGGGAGAGAAGCGGGGGCAGGCGCAAAGAGGAGAAUGAUCUGAGCACACAAUCGCAGCAGAAACGGUCACACAUAGCCCAGCAAGGGUUGGACGGUGCGCAAGAUGAUGGGGAGAGGGAUGCCGAUGACAGGGGUCUGCAGAAAACACUGUCGCAACCGCGUAUCAAGUUGCGCAUUGUCCAGCGCGGGGGUAACGGGCCGAAUAGUGGGCCCAGCAUCCACGCGUCAACCGACGAUGUCAACGCCAAUGCGCUUUACAGCCGUGGGAGACCAGGCAGCCGACCACGCGACAGCCUAGACACACAAGCGAACGACAACGAGCACAGCAGCAGCAGCCCCAUGCCCAAGACUGGCAGCCAUCCCCACGCACCACCCCUACCCCGACCCUCGAGCGCAAAGGGGAAGCCGAACCUCGGGCAGCGGUGGUGGCGCGCGGGACAGGGACAGCCCCGGUUGCAGCCCAGGGCACCACAGCAGCAGCAGAAUCUGACGGCCAAUAGGGCUAAGUCGACAUUAAAUGCACCAAUCAGAUCGUCGCAUUAUAACGGAAGUGGCGCCGGCUCUGGUGACGACGAGGCGAAUAACGGCGAUAGAUCAGAGGGCAGGAAGCGCAAAGUCGUGCUGAAGCAACAGGUGCCGUCCAUCGACCUGACGCCGCAGGAAAUGGUCCGCAAGAACAGCUACAACACACAGAACAACGACCGCGCGCUGCGCAAGAAGUUUCAACUGCUGCCAGACACCGCCGAUUUCAACGCCCAAGGAGGGGGAACCUUUGAACGGCACCUUUUGGCGGGCCAUGACAAGCCCACAGGACGGCUUAUCAGCCGAACACUGCAGCAGAUUGUAAAUACAGAGCUCACGUCAGCGUCAGCGAUUGCCUUGGAGGUGCGCAUGGGGGAUGACUGGGAUGGGAACGACAGCGGCUUCAACGAGCUCACUGACAAACAGCUGGUUGAGCGAGAGGGCUGCAGCUGCGCUGUGGGCGAGGGCACAAAUGUGAUUGACGAUCAAGGCAGAGAGGUGCACAUCUGCGUGAAGGAGCAACUGUACGCCAGAGCGCUCAGAACGGUGCAAUCUGAGCUGCUGAAGACGGAUGAGGAGCUGCGAGAGUAUGGGUUGAUGGGCAAAGGUUUGGGAAGAACGGGGCCUAGACUGGGCAAACCACGAGUGAAGAAUGGGUCGCAGACUAUACUCAAGAAUGCUGCUGGGCCGGCGUUGCUAUCUGACGAUGACUGGAGUGAUGAGGAGUAUGGUGUCGUAACAAACUUUACAUUGGGAGUCGAUACUAAUCAGUACGCAGGCGCCACACGACGGAGGGGCCAGCAGGGACACCCCGAGGACGCGCAGAUGUUCUCGCCCAUCAUCAACAACAGCCGCGCCAUCCGCAGCGACGCAUACACGGUGUGUAUGGACUUGCAUCGAAUGGCCCAGCACGCACACAAGAAGUACGAGCAGAACACUCUCAAUCCCGAGAAGUAUGGGCACUACAGCACCGCCAUCCUCUCGGAGUGCGACCCAUUUAUCCAGAUGAAGUAUGGACUAAAGCGUCUUCUGCAGCCACAUAUGUACGAUGGCGACAGUGACAACAGCGUUGAUCUGGAGGCUGAGCUGAAGAGCUAUGGCAGGAAACAUGGGCACGUGGCAAAGAAACGCGUUAAACGGGAAGAUGAUUACGACGACGACGAGAACGAGAGUCUGGCCGCCUUCAGCGCGCGAAUGACCACCACCACCAGCUCCACACCCACCAUCACCCACCCAGGACCCGCAGUCGCCCCCACGCCCAUCACACAGCCCAUAGUUGCACCCGCCCCUGUGCCUGUAGCACCCGUGGUGGUGAGCGAAGAGGAGAAGCGUGACAAGGAAUGGAAGCUCAUGUGCGCGCGCGAUAUCCCCAGAGCGUAUCGCAGCCGUGUGCAGUCACACAACGCGAAUAUGGCGCACUUGCGGCGUGUAGUACAGACGUGCCAGAAGGAGGUGCUGGCCAAGCAGGAUGUGCGCAAGCCAGGGCAGAAGGCCAUGCGCUCAACCAGGGAUACGGUACAGCGGUCCAGGAGACUGAUGCGAAAUGUGCUGACCUACUGGCGUGCGCACGAGAAAGAGGAACGAGAAAUGCGCAAAAGAGCCGAAAAGGAAGAAUUGGAACGCGCCAAACACGAAGAAGAACUUCGAGAGGCCAAACGACAGACGCGCAAGCUGAAUUUCUUAAUUACUCAAACCGAAUUGUUUGCCCAUUUCAUCGGCAAAAAGACCGGUCAAAAUGAGGAUAAGUCCGAAACAGACAUUCUGAACCAGAUCAAGGGCGACGAAGCAGAUGGAGAGGACGAUCACGAAGAGCGCCAAAAGGCCAAGGACAGUGCCGAGGCUGCGCUCCAAGCCAACAAUCAGCGUACAGCCGCAUUCGACAACGGUGCAGGUACC